AUGAGUGGCCGAAGGAAAGAAAGAGAUGUCGCUAGUUGCGCCCAGGAGGGUCCAGUUGGACUGGACCAAUUCUAUACCGUGAGCAACUAUCACAAUAGUCUUCGGGAGCAAACAGGGUGUGAUCGCGAGCCGUACCCUCUCGUCGCGCCGCGCCCUAUUCGUCGAUCUAAGUCAUCUUCAUCAUCAGCGGACACUGCGUCCCAGGGCUCCGGAUCAGUAGAACAGCCCAAACCGAAGAAACAUGAACCUCAGAAGCAGGAACGGUGCGCGGAGCAGACUACGCCAAGAGUGCAGCCCAACCCCCUAUUGAGAUCGCGUACGCUACCGAAUUUCGGAGGGAAGGGUUCUAAGGAAGGGUCGAGGUGCGACACCUCGCGGCGAGCGCAUCACAUCACCAUGGCAACCGAGGAUCUGUUGCAACCCGGACACGUCGUUAAGGAGAGAUGGAAGGUGAUAAAGAAAAUCGGAGGUGGUGGUUUUGGAGAGAUCUACGAGGGUUUGGAUUUGGUCACGCAAGAACAGGUGGCACUCAAAGUGGAGUCAGCCAGGCAGGCGAAACAGGUGCUCAAGAUGGAGGUGGCUGUGUUGAAGAAGUUACAGGGCAAAGAGCACGUUUGUCGCUUCAUCGGGUGCGGACGCAACGCGCGUUUCAACUACGUUGUGAUGCAGCUGCAAGGGCGGAAUUUAGCUGAACUUAGGCGGGCCCAGCCUCGCGGUGCUUUUUCUCUAUCCACCACUCUGCGGCUCGGUCUUCAAAUAUUAAAAGCAAUUGAUUCCAUACAUUCAGUUGGCUUCCUGCAUAGAGAUAUUAAACCUAGUAACUUUAGUAUUGGUCGUCAUCCGGCCAACUGUCGCCGCGUUUAUAUGCUGGACUUUGGUCUGGCUCGCCAGUACACCACCAGCACCGGGGCUGUCAGGCCACCACGAGCUGCAGCUGGAUUUAGAGGCACAGUUCGAUACGCUUCAAUUAAUGCCCACAAGAAUAAGGAAAUGGGGAGACACGAUGAUCUCUGGUCUCUCUUUUAUAUGCUCGUGGAGUUUGUCAAUGGCCAGCUGCCGUGGAGGAAGAUAAAGGAUAAGGAACAAGUCGGUCUGAUGAAGGAGAAGUACGACCACCGUUUGCUCCUGAAGCAUUUGCCAUCUGAACUUCGUCAGUUCCUUGAGCACGUGCAGGCAUUGGAGUAUGCUGAUACACCAGACUAUGCUAUGCUGGCUGGCCUGCUGGAGCGGUGCUGCAAACGGCGUGGUAUACGCGAUACGGAUCCUUACGAUUGGGAGAAAGAUAGUGUACCGAACCGCGCGCGUGUCACGUUACAACCAACGCCUGACCUCCCUCUGCAAACGGAUCUUCCGGAUAGACCAUCCCGUCGUCGUGAACCGGAUGCUACAACUGCAGCGGGUACGGAGACUCAGAGCAACGUACGCACUUCGCCAAGACACGCCCACCUCAAUGGAUAUUCGGCGACUGUAGAGAAAGUUGAGAAAGAGAAAGAGCCUGAAGUUAAGACGACACCAGCGCCCUCUCCAGACAGACAUGUCAAGGAAUCUUCGACUUCAGCUUUAGCUAGCAACACAGCUACGCGGCCGGAGAGACAGAGUGUGCCGCCCUGCAAGCCAAGACCCAGUGCUGCAGGUUCAACGUUGGCUCGUUUACGUGUCGUGACUGCCCCGCCCACAUGCGUACAAGAACUUGCGCACGCGUCGCCAUCGAUCACAGGUGAAGCUAGUAGUCCCCGUAUAGUAGCUGACGUGGACAGUGUUCAUUCAGAUACGCACUUUAAACGAGGUGGUAGACGUGGUAGGGGUGGCACCCGCGGUGAGCAGAGCUACACCCAGUUCGCGGUGAUGGAAGACGAGAACGUCUCCGCCCUGCAACAAGUUACGAAGGGGGGAGCCCUGACGCUCGUGUCACUGUGGAAGUCCCAGUUCGACGAUUCGUCUGAAACCACAGAUAACGAGUGGAAACAUGAGCAUGCGCAGUCACCAGAACACCGUCAACGCGCCUCGGCCGUGUCAUCGUCGAGCAAGGAGCCGCGGUCUCAACUGCCCCUCACUCACACAUCGCAGCAUCAUACACACACGCAGCCAACGCAGCAAACGCAGCAAACACAACCCACGCAGCAGACGCAACCCACGCAAAUCAGCGUACUAGUGCCCAGUGUUAAGGACAUGAAGCUCUCGCCUACGAAUCAGCCGGCGGAGAAACCAGAACAGCCAGAACGCGACGCGGAAAAGGUGGAAACUGUCGAAAAGACCCGUCUGGCUCGCUGCUGUUUGCAUAGUGCCGGUGUCGAGAGAUUCCCACGCGUUGUUCCCGUUCUGCCCCGGAGUUGGUCCCUGCCCGCUAUCGGUUCCCAUGUUCGCGAUAUUCGGCCGCCGCUGCUGCAACAAGCAUCGUUCGACGAUGGAACUGGUGCUGCGCUGCGAUACCGUGUCGACGUGAUGCGCGGUGUUGCGGCGAGGUUUGAACCCCACGACCCCUCGCCGCCGAAGCUAGUCAGGCAUAAGAGUCUGCCGAGCGUAUCGCGGUCGAGUACCUCUCCACCGCCCGUAGCACCUACUCCAGCAGUAGUGGCUCCUGCACCACGUGAAUCCACUGUAUCCAGUCGCCUAGAGAUAAGAGUGAGACAGACUGACAACGCUUCGCCUUUACAUUCCGUGCGCAUUCAGUCUGUGGUUUGCGGCGCCGGCGCAGAAGGCGCUCGUGUUAACCACGAGGAGGCAUCCGUGUACUACGACGCCACAGAACAUCACCGGGACAAACGGUCGUCGACACGCAGCGCGGAGAAGAGUCACAGUCCAGCUGUCGAGAGAUCGAGACUAGAUGCUAUACAUGACAGAAGCAGUUCAGUUCGGCGCGACGCAAGCGCAGCUGGGGAUGCCUCAAGCCUUAGAGACGUAUGUAUUAUAAUUAUAAGUAAAUGCGAUAUAGAUAGAAGUUGA